CAUAAAAGCUGCUCACCAGAGACGAACUGCAGCAGAGCUGUAGCAUCUUCAUCAUUAUUACUGAGGCUUCUGGAAACAGCUAAUAUUCCUGUCUACUGAGAGAGAAAGAUGGGAGGAAAACACUCAGAACCAAAGCCACCUCCUUCUGCUCCUGCUCCUUUGCCAGAACUAAAUACUCACUGGAGGCCAGUAAACUGGAGGGAAAAAGAGGAGAUAUUGAAAGAAGUGAGAGAUUUAAAGACAAAGGUAGAGCCCCUUAGGAUACUACUGCAUGGACCAGCUGGGGCCGGGAAGUCAUGCUUCAUAAACUCAGUUCAGAGGGCCCUUUUAGGCCGUAAUGUCAUUAGUGCUCUGGAAAACUCAGCAGACGUUGGACAAAGCUUCACUCUUUCUAUCAAAACCCACAAGAUGAAGAAGCAUGGAGGUGGACACUAUCCUUUUGUUUUCAGUGACAUCAUGGGACUUGAAGCGGAGAAUGGAGGCAUACAAAUUGAGGACAUCUCCAAAGUUUUAUCAGGACAUAUUCUAGAUGGCUACACAUUUAAUCCCCGGGGGACUAUAACUGACACUGACUUAAAGUACAAGAAGUGCCCAAAGAUAUGUGAUGAAGUCCACUGUCUGGUGAGCAUUCUUUCUGCUGAUGCCAUCACAAGACUGCAUGAGAGUGUGAUAGAGAAAAUGAGGACAAUUCGACAAAAAGCUGUUGAAAUGAAGAUACCACAUGUCAUUGUGUUGACAAAAGUGGAUAAAGCAUGUGAGAUUGUCAACAAAGACUUGAAAAAACUUUACUACAGCAGAAAAAUCAAACAGAAGGUGGAGGAGAGCAGUCAUAAACUUGGCAUCCCCUUGAACAACAUCUACCCUGUGAAGAAUUAUCAUGCGGAGAUCACUGGAGAUACAAAUGUGGAUGUUGUCAUCCUCAUGGCACUGAGGGACAUUGUCAACUUUGCCAAUGACUAUGUGGAGGAUGUCUAUGAAUCUAAAGUAGAGCAAGGCACCUGUAGAUUGAAGGAGAAUUACAGGGAUUUUUAAAAGAUGUCUACUUUUCUUUACCAUUUAUUUUAUUUUUAUUGUACCAUUAUGAGCACGCAUAAAAAACAAAAAAAUCACUGGUCACUUGAACUGCAAAUAAAUAGCGAUGUUUGCACAACCUCUUAUUCCUAUCAACACCACUGUAAAGAAAUUUGAGUCUGUAAGUUUCUUGAUAACACUCCUUUGUCAUGAAUAGAGAGACAUAAAUUAAGCAUUCAAAUCAUCAGUAGAAUUGUAGGCUGCUUUUGUUUCUGACUUACUUUUACCCUAGAGUACUCUAAUACUUGGUAAAAGUAUCUUUGUUUUGUAGCCUUCUUACUAGGUUCAAUUGUAAUAAAUUAUAAUUUUUUUUUUA